UCACAAUCUUUAAGCCGUACUAAAAACACUUCCGCUUGUUAACCACACAUAAAAAAGGAGCUAUGGUGUCAGUUAUUGUAUUCGUUUUCGUAUUUCUGGAGAUUUUACCUGGUUAUUUUUCUGAUACAGAUUUACUCGACAAUGAUGGGAAUUAUAAAUUCAGAAGAUCUAAAAACCAAGUACACGAGAUUCAACCAAAUGAUUAUCAGCAGAUAUGCUCGCCAUUUAAGGCUUAUAUCAUCUGGGACCGUAGCAAGGGGAAAGACGCAUUUGAUGUUCAAGUACAUUAUGUUCUACAAAUUAUAGAAAAAACACCUGAAGGAACCAGUAUUCGUUUGGACACGGUAGAUAAAAAGUUCAGAAAUAUAAUAGACUUUAUUAAAGACAACGACGAAAAGAGAGUCUGGAGAUAUAGUAUUACUAAUGUUACUCGCAGAAAAUCCGAACAUGAUAUAAUUUCAUACAAAUCUUUAAAGGAAGCCAUAUCAAACAGCUUUCAGAAAAGUGAAAAGGCAGCUGAAGAAAUAUUUUUCAUUGUUAAUAACAACUCAAAGACAGAUGACGAAGAAAAGGCAAUGAAAGAGUUGAAGAGAAGAAAGGUGUUUGUUGUACUCGUAUUUGACGGAACCAAAAGUCCACAAUCCGAAUUCUGGGCUAAUCUCGCCACAGAUAUACAUCAUGUUCUUGAACCAAAUAAAAAUACUGAUGCGAAUGCAGAUGCCUUUCUGAACCUACCAUGUCGAGAUUCGAGACUGUAUUGUGAUACUGACCUGUACUGGAACGGCACAGGAUGUUCCAAAUGUUCGUUCAUAUGUUCACAGAUACCAUCUGAAUACUGCCAGAUCGAGUGUCCUUAUUUCGACCAGUUCACAGGGGAUGUUGAGAAAUCAGAUGAACUGCCUGAUUCGCAUGGUUGCACAUGUACCACCACUACGAUAGUCGUCCUUAUAUUAAUCAUCAUAAUCCAAUGUAUUUUAAUUUUUAUUUUAAUUUUGAAAAUCUGUUUUCCAUCACAAGUCUUGAAUUUAUUUCAAAGAAUCAUGAGCCGUCUGAACAAACGAAGGGAGCCGAUUCCAGAAGAAGAGAUAGCCCAGGGAAAUCGAACCCACCUUCUCGGUGACAUAGAAGAAGGGACUUUAAACAAGAAUGGCAAACGUGAUGAAACCAUGGCAACUCAAACUGGUGGCAGGAUGCGACGAAGGAAGAAGAAGAAGAGAAUGAGGCAUACCAUACCAUGAUUUUUCAACAGCUGAAAAGAUAAUAAAAAAGAAACAUUUCUGUUAAACAUAUAAUUCAUUAAAGUUAUGCAUAAAAGUUGUGUAACUGGCAGUAACGUAUUCUGUAUUUGUACAACUAAAAAAGUAUCAAAGCUUGAAAAUACCAUUGAUAGAGAAUACUUAUUUGCUUAAGUGAGAGAUCAAAGUAUCUUUCACUGAGUGAACACGCGAUGCAAUAUUUUCACGAGUGACAUAACCACGAGUUAAAUAUAAAAUAUGGUGUUAACGAGAGGCGGACAAACUAUCGGGUGAUCUGGCACCAUUGCCAGGUGUCCGGGUCAGGAAUGGUGAUCUGGGACCAUUGUCGGCUAUCCGGGCCAGUGUGGUGAUCUGGCACCCUAUAGAAUUUUAGCACAGGGUGCCAGAUCACCAUCAAGAUGGGUGCAAGACCACCAUCCGGAUGCAAGAUCACUAUCCGGAUGCCAGAUCAGCAUCCAGGAGGGUGCCUGAUCACCAUCCGUGUGCCAGAUCACCACCCGGGUGCUAGAUCGCCAUCCAGAACAAUGGCAGAGUUUUUAUCAGUACACAAUAUUAAGAAAAAGUACUGUCAUUAGUAAAGAAAUGAAGUAGCCCAGAAAAGUGCCAUUGUGUUUGAACUUUAUCUAAUGUGAGUUUUGCUAUCAGCAGGGGCACUUUGGACAUAGGGGUGAACUCUUGCAACUCUGACGUAGCGCCGGUCCGUGUAUUACUCCUCCAUUCCGCCUCCAGUGUUUACUUAUUCUAAGAGUCUUAAUGUUAAUGUAAAUGUAAAUGUUAAUGUUAAUACAGUUUUAAGACCUAGUAAUUAGUUGCGAGAAAAUACGCAAACGUGGCCUUUGAAUUUGAAGUUAUUAUCACACACACACACACACACACACACGCACGCACACACA